AUGUACAAUGAAGCCACUGAAAAAAUGCAGAGUUCGAAAUUGAAGCUAAAAGCACUCUUCAAGUGUUUAUCAAAUCCAGUUUUCACCUUACAGGCAUUCUUAGAGGUACAUGUAUUAAGUUUCUAUACUUUGUCUUUGUCGCAUGAUGUAUACUACUACUACUGCAUCUACUGUGAUGUUGCAUUUGAAUCAACUAAAAAUACAACUAAUCGAACGUCAGUCUGCUCAAUUACUGAAUUUGACAAACUAGGACUGGAUAGAGUAUCCUUUUGUUUUCAAUGAGUCAAUUUUGAAGCCAGAAUAUAUAUAUGCAGCAUAUGCGCCCAGCUUUAUAAAUGUAUCUAAUAGUAUAUAGGGUGUAUAGUUUAAAACGUCCACUAAGCUAAAAAAUUCCGCAAAAUGUUUGACAAGUUUAUGUUAUUAUGGGUAGUCUUGGGAUCUUCAGGUAUCUCUAUCACAAAAUUAUUCUGGAAAAUUAAUUUUCCAGUGCAGCAAGGUUGUUUUUUCACUCCCACAGGGUAUGAGGUAUUGAGGUAUGUCCACCAUGUAGGAAAUACAUGAUGCAUGCAAUACUUUUUGUUUAGAUAACAUUUGAGAUUAUCAUGUUAUAUGUAUCUAUAUUGGAACGCAUUUUUAGGCCGCUACAAAGUCCCACAUUCUUUCCCUGUUAACUAUGUCAGAAGAUUUGAAUCAAAAUAUUGAUGAAGAUACUGUUGAUCAACUUUUACGCAAGUGGAAACAUAACGCUGUACCAAAAGAAUUGAAAGGUUUGUUAACAUUGUGUUGUUAGCCUGCACAUAGAAACUAAGUACAGAAUUAGUAAGUUCUUACCAUUUGUUUAGCAUUCGUCAUCAGCGUUCAGCAAAACCUAUAAAAUUGGCUCGGAAAGAUGUAAUGUGUGAACCUACCCUUAUUCUAUUUGUAGAAUAUCUGAAAAGGAGCUUAAAGAGGUGGCUACCAAAAACCAAAAUUCAAGAAAGAUUUCAAAAUUACAAAAAGGAGCCAGAGUCUCAUCACGGCAAAAGGAAUAG